AUGGCACCAAAACUGAACCCCAAAGCAGUCGCAGGCCGUGCACGCAAGGCCGAAGCAGCGGAGCGGAAGGCCGAAGAGGCUGCAGCUGCAGCUGAGGCGGAGGAAGAUCGCAAGUGGCAGCAGGGUGCCCGAGGCAAGACGGCAGCGGACUCACGCAACGAAAAGGCGGCUGAGAAGGCGCGCAAAAAGGCUGAACUGGAUCGUCUGAAGCAGGAGGACGAGGCCAACACGCCAGGCAAGGCUUCAUCCGGCAAGGGUGGUGGCAAGUCAGGUGGUGGCGGCAAGGGUGUCAAUCGCGAUGCGCUCGACGAUAUCGAUAUGCAGAUCGCGGCUCUGAACGCCACGAACCUCGACGAUGCGUUGGAGGCCAUGGAGCUCGUAAAUGCCAAGUCAGACAAGGCCAGUCGCGGCGCCGCUGCCGGCAACAUUGAGAGGCACCCUGAGCGUCGGUUCAAGGCGGCCUUUGAGGCGUACAAGGAGCGCGAGCUGCCCAAGCUCCGAGAGGAGCGCCCGGGUCUGCGCUUGCAGCAGUACAAUGAGGCCAUGUACAAGAGCUUCCAAAAGUCGAGCGAGAACCCCUUCAACCAGCUGCACGUAAGCUACGACGCUACCAAGGAGGAAAAGCUCGCCAUCCUCAAGGCCAAGCGCGAGGCUACGGCGCUGCGUCUCGGGACCAAGUAG